AUGGAUGGUCUCACUCGUGCUAAUAGUGUCUUCGCCCUGGACCUCUAUCGGGCUCUGAGUGCGAGCAACGCCGCGGGAAACAUGUUCUUUUCCCCGCUGAGCAUCAGCACAGCGCUCAGCAUGGUCUACUUGGGAGCCCGAGGAAACACAUCCAAAGAAAUGGCAAAGGUUUUGUCCUUCAGUUCUGUCUCUGAUGUUCACCCUCAUUUUGCAACCCUCACCUCUGCUAUCAAUAGUCCUUCUGCCUCCUACAUCCUUAAACUGGCCAACCGCCUCUAUGGAGAGAAAACAUUCAGCUUCUUACCUGAGUAUUUGGACUCCACACUGAAGCUGUACCACGCUGACCUUCAGGCGGUGGACUUCAUUGGAGCAUCUGAAGAGUCGCGACAUAUAAUCAAUAAAUGGGUGGAAGAGCAGACAGAGAAUAAAAUCAAAGAUCUUCUCAAGCCUGAUAUGGUCACCGGUAUGACCCGACUAGCUCUGGUUAAUGCCAUCUACUUCAAAGGGAACUGGCUGAAGAGAUUUAAUGCUCAAGAGACUAAAGAAAUGCCAUUCAAAAUAAACCAGAAUGAAAGCCGGCCAGUUCAAAUGAUGUACCAGAUGAAAAAGUUCCCCUUCAAUUACAUCCAUGAGCACCGCUUGCAAGUUCUGGAGUUACCAUACGUACAGGAGGAGCUCAGCAUGUUGGUCCUUCUGCCUGAGGAAACUCAGGAUGGCACCGACUCUCUUCAUAAGCUGGAGCGUGAGCUGACCCUUGACAAGCUGCUCGAAUGGACCAACAGAAACAAUAUGGACACCCAGACAGAGAUUGUAGUGCAUUUGCCCAAGUUCAAACUGGAAGCUGAGAGCUCCUUGGCUGAAAUAUUGGUGGGGAUGGGUAUGACCUCUUUGUUCCAGGGGCCAAUGGCUGAUCUGACAGGCAUGAGCAGUCAGGGUGGCCUGUUCCUUUCGUCAGUGGCCCACAAGGCCUUUGUGGAGGUAAAUGAAGAGGGCACAGAGGCAGCAGCAGCUACGGCAGGCCUUGUGACUUUCUGUAUGAUACGCGAGGAGCACUUCAUGGCUGAUCACCCCUUCCUGUUCUUGAUCAGGCACAACCUCACCAACAGUAUUCUCUUUUUUGGCAGAUUCAGAGGCCCAUCUUAAAGAUGCCAUGUCUUCUCUCUUAUACCUAAGCAAAGAAUAAAUACUAUUCUCCAAAAUGUUUUUUAAGUUGAUAAUUUUACAUUUUGUGUUAAUAUUAUAUUUUUCAAAAUCAGAAAACGCCUAUAGAUAAUGUGUUGGAUUUGGAUUUAGUUGAAUUUUAGUUCUGUGAAAUGCGAAAGGAGAGUAAUAUACAGUAAGGAGUAAGGGGAGAAGUGCAAAUCCAGCAAACUAUCCAUGCUGCUCUUUUUCCAUACAAUGAAAGUGGAUGGGGACCAGUGGUUGUCAAGGUCCAAAAAGGAAAAAAAGUCUGUUGUCGAGUGCACUGCACAUUUGGCUCUCUGCAAAAAAAAAUGUUUUAAUAAAAAUUGUGUGUGUCAUGAACAAGAUAUUUAACAUCGUAUUUAUCCAUUUUGAUUUGGUAGACUUAGUAUAUCUAACAUGAAAAAUAUGUUUUCACAAUAAAUUCCAUGCCAUGAACAAUA